AUGGGCCGGAAGACACCACUUCCAGAGGAAAUUCGCACAGUUUCAUCACAGAAUGUGAUUGUGACCGGUCGGAGCUUCCAGAAAAGCCCCAGGCCUGCUUGGAAGGAGGAGGCCAUCCAUUGCUACGACUGCAUUUCGAAACGACCAAACGUCUGUCUCACCAUUGGUGCAGUACAGAGUACGCAGCCGAGAUUAAUGGGAAUCAUCCAUCGUGAAUGA